AUGCAGUCUUUCCGUGUCUCGGUCGACGUGGUUGAGGAUCCACCCACGCGGAACACCGCCGACCUACGGUCUUCCAACAGCCGACCCUCACCAUGUUCUGAUCCCGGCUCAAUGGCACCGAUAUCUACGUCCUCCGACUCCGACGAACACGGAAAGGUUUGGUUCGGCGACCGUCUUAAGACACCUCCCUCUGACCAAUCACUGGAAGAGAAGGGCAAACUGUCACCCUCGGAGUCAAAAGGAAGAAAAGAUCCUACUCAAGAUAUCAACACCAUUCGUCGCUAUCGAACAGCCUUCACCCGUGAACAGUUGUCGCGAUUAGAAAAGGAAUUCUGCCGGGAAAACUACGUUUCGAGACCGCGUCGUUGUGAACUUGCUGCCGCGCUUAACCUUCCGGAAAGUACGAUAAAGGUGUGGUUCCAAAACCGACGAAUGAAAGACAAACGCCAGAGAAUGGCUCUCGCUUGGCCGUAUGCUGAUCCUCAUUUCGCCGCCUACAUGCUGAACGCGGCAGCGGCGGCUUCGGCAGGAGGUUAUCCUUAUGCUCUUACGGGAGGCGCGAUGCCGUUUAGCUACUACAGCUCGUUGCCGCCUCUUGGCAGGUAUCACCCUUACGGCUUACCGGUUCGGCCGCAGUCCACGUUCUUAUCUCCUCCCUACCUUCGUCCAACACUAGGGGUUGGCGCGGACUCGGUGGCUCUAGCCUCUGGUGCGGGUGGUCCUACAAAUGCUGUAACCCCUACCACCCUCUCCAGUCCUCUUAGUGGUCAUUUUCCAGCCUGCGGACCGCCCCUACCCGGUGCAACAGACCCUUGCCGAUGUCACUUGUUUACCUACCCUGGAAUCACCUCAGGCACUGCAAGUUCCGUGCAGGGGGCAAUAGGAUGCCCCUCUCAGACCCCAACAGACGCGUCCUCUCGACCGAGCCUAUUCCAGCCGUACAAAGCGGACGUUGAAAGAGUGUAAGUUCCAGAAAAAGUGAAUUUAGUCGAGAAAAACUGUGAUGAAUUAAAACCGAAAUACUCUCGAAUCGGACAGUAACCGAAAUACUCUCGAACCGGACAGUGUCCACAAGAAAGUGCAAUGGAGAGACUUACAGAACUUUGCAA